CUCUACUUUACUCCUGGUUUACUCCAGCUUUACUCCUACUUUACUCCAGCUUUACUACUACUUUACUCCCGGUUUACUCAUUCUUUACUCUCCCCUCCCUCCUAGGCGGAUGUUCCCUCCGUUCAAGGUGCGGGUGAGCGGCCUGGACAAGAAGGCCAAGUACAUCCUGCUGAUGGACAUCGUGGCGGCGGACGACUGCCGCUACAAGUUCCACAACUCCCGCUGGAUGGUGGCCGGCAAGGCCGACCCGGAGAUGCCCAAGCGCAUGUACAUCCACCCGGACUCCCCCGCCACCGGGGAGCAGUGGAUGGCCAAGCCCGUCGCCUUCCACAAGCUCAAGCUCACCAACAACAUCUCCGACAAGCACGGCUUAACCAUCCUGAACUCGAUGCACAAGUACCAGCCCCGCUUCCACAUCGUCCGGGCCAACGACAUCCUCAAGUUACCUUACAGCACUUUCCGGACUUACGUGUUCCCCGAGACCGACUUCAUUGCCGUCACCGCUUACCAAAACGACAAGAUCACCCAGCUGAAAAUCGACAACAACCCCUUCGCAAAAGGAUUUCGAGACACCGGAAACGGAAGGCGAGAAAAACGGAAACAGUUGACCCUGCCUUCCCUGCGGAUGUACGAAGACCAGUGCAAAGCGGAUCGAGACGGGGCCGAAUCGGACGCCUCCUCGUGCGAACCCGCCCCGGUUCGGGAUUCGCUUCACUCCCCUUUGGGAACUACAGCUCCCAGCCCUUUGAGGCUGCACCGAAAUAGCAGAGAAGACAAAAACAGUGACCAGGAGUUGGAGAAGCUUCCAGAAGGAAAGAGGCCUAGCCCAGAUCCGGGAACUUGCAGCCCACGUAGCAGCGGCAGCCCCCAUUUGCCGGGGGAAGAGAGGAGUAAAGAGCGACCCCUCAAAGAGGUCUCGAAAGAGGGGAGCGAAGGGGGGCUUUUCAGCCCCUUGGGGUUGGAGAAAGACAAGAUGGAGGGCCGGAGGAAAGACCCAACACCCCUGGCGCAACAGCAGCAGAAUCCGGAAGGGUCUAAGAAAGAAACCCCCAGCGACUGUGGACCUCUAGGGGGCAGCAAGGAGUCUUUUGCCCCUCUCAUGGUUCAGACGGAGAGCCCACCACACCUGAGUGCCGGGCAUCUCCAGAGCUUGGCCCUCUCCAGCCUUCAUGGGCAGCAGUUCUUCAACCCCUUAAGUGCCGGGCAGCCCUUCUUCAUCCACCCGGGACAGUUUGCCAUGGCGCCAGGGGCCUUCUCCGCCAUGGGCAUGGGACACUUGUUGGCAUCGGUGGCUGGCGGCGGGAGCUUGGAAAACGGGGGUCUCACUUCCACUGGGCAAGCGACGACUGGCACGGCCACCCCUUUCCCCUUCCACCUCUCCCAGCACAUGUUGGCUUCUCAGGGAAUCCCGGUGCCUACUUUUGGUGGACUCUUCCCCUACCCCUACACUUACAUGGCGGCGGCGGCGGCAGCGGCGUCUGCCAUUCCGGCCACCAGCGCCGCGACCGCCACUUCGUUAUCCCGGAACCCCUUCCUGAGUAGCGCCCGUCCUCGACUCCGUUUCAGCCCAUACCAGAUCCCAGUUGCCAUCCCACCCAGCACCAACCUCCUAACCACUGGCUUGCCUACCAGCCUCAACGCCGGCUCAGAAGGCUCCAAGCCCGGAAGCAGUAGAGAAUCCAGCCCUCUCUCGGAUCUCCCCCUUCACAAACCCAGCAGCCAACGGGCCUCUUUAUCCCCCAAGGGGUCUUUAAAGGAUUCCAUCAACGAGCUGCAGAACAUCCAAAGACUGGUCAGUGGCUUGGAAACCCAGAGAGAAGUUUCUCCUGGGAGAGAAUCCCCCAAGUGACUGCCCACCGUGAGCCCUAUCCCCAAAAACAAACCCCCGAAAGGGCUUGGAAGACGUCGGGCAGGAGAUUAUGUUGUGUACAGCACAGUAUAAAUAUUUAUUUUUAAAGAAGAGAAGAGUGGGAUUGGAGGUGGGGUGGGAAAAGAUUGCGGAGGAGGAGGACCCACGAGGUUGGAGGCCUACAAAGACAUCCCAGAUGGAACAGGGACAACAGGAGGGUCCGCCGUAGACCCAGGAUCCGAAUCGAGCGGCGGGACAUUCGAGAGAACGCUAUUGCAAACUCCAAAUUCUGAAGCUUGCCUCGCCGUUGCACUGUAACUGCCCCCAAAUAUACAGUUUGGCUGAUCUUGGUUCUUUCUAGCAGAGGGAACCGGCUGCAUAGUUUCACUUUUGGACAGAAAAAAGAAUCCAUUGGGGGAGGAAAAGGUUAAACUGGAAUCCCCAGUUUGUAGUAACUAACAUGCUUCUGGAUGGAUGGACAGACGGAUGGAUGAAUGGAUGGAGUAGAAGACAAUGUUAGCGGGAGAUGAUUUGGAAGGCUGCAAUGGAGGGAGAUGGUGUCGAUUCUAGUUGUAAGGAUGGUGGGAGAUUAUCUAGCACAGACCGAUGUUGGAAGAUGGUCUAGGAAACCACAGUUGUGAUAGGUCAUCUAGAACACGCCAAUGGUGGGAGGUGAUCUGAAACACACCAAUGGUGGAAGGUGAUCUAGAACACACCAAUGGUGGGAGGUGAUCUAGAACACACCAAUGGCAGAAGGCGAUCUAGAACGCGCCAAUGGUGGGAGGUGAUCUAGAACACGCCAAUGGUGGGAGGUGAUCUAGAAGACCAUGCUGGUGUUGGAAGGUGAUCUAGAAGACCAGCAUGGUGGGAGAUGAUCUGGAAGACCCCAGCGCUGGGAGAUGAUCCGACAGGCCACCUACUUCUAACUAAUUUGUGUGUGAGAGAGAGUGUGCGCACGUGUGUGUAUAAACCAACAACAUUGGAGAAGCAUUUUGUUCUUUCCUACUUACAAGGGUGGAGUUUCCAAAUGAGGAUGAUGGUUUGGGGCCUUCAUAUCUAAAGCAAAGACAGUGAAGAAGGAGCUUUCGGACGACAAGGUUGUCGCCGAUUGAACAUCAGACAUUCAUUUUGCAGACAGUAUACAAAUAUAUAUAUAAAUAUAUAUAGAGAGAGAGAUAUAAGAGGAAAGCAAAGCUUGUAUUGGCAGCGGGCAUCGUCUCGUCGCUCUUGGAAGGCCAUCCGAUAUAAAAGCGAAGCGAAACUCGGACGUUCGGAGUUGUUACAAUCAUUGUGACUUUUUAUUUCCCUCCCCUUUUCGCUCUUUGGACUCUUCUUAUCUGUUUAAAAAAAAUGAGGUUAAAAAAAGAAUAAAAAAGAAGCCUAAUAUUUAUGGAAUAAAUGGUAAUUUGUGUAAAUAAGCUAUACGAAUCCCCCCCCAAUAUGCAAAAAUCGGUAUUAAUUUAUUUAGGGUUGUACAUUGGCCUGUACAUAACGAUAGAGUUUAACUCGUCACAUUUAAUUGCGCUCUCCGUCUUUUCUCUCCGUCUUCAUGUUGCGCGUACAUCUUGCAAAGACCUAUUUAGCGCUCGGCGGACGGAGGGAAACGUCGGUUUUUCUUUUGACGCGUGUGUCUAAAAAAAAGAGGUAAAAAUAAGAAAUCGCGUAUCCCGGCCGUUUGAGGACAAUCAUGUGCCAUUUGUACCAUUUGGAGGAGUCGAUAUCGGACCCUUUCGGAGGGAACGGCUCUUCCCAAAGAUCACAAUUUGAUAGCGAACGAAUGGUUUUAAUAACUCCAUCUUUUACGGCGCAGGGUACGCAACGCAGUUCAGGAACAAACCUCAGGUCUUUUUAUUUUUCACUCCAGGAUAACGAAAAUAGAAAA